AUGAACGAAGAAUGCUCCAACUAUAAGAGCAGUGACAAACUGUACGUCAAAGAGCUCAAAGUUCUUCCGGUAGAACACAGAGGAGAAGUAUAUCCUGAUGACAUAUUUCGACGUCGAUUUCGAAUGAAAAAAGAGUUAUUCUUUCGUAUAGUUGAUGCCGUGAAAAAUCAUUCCGAAUAUUUUCAAUGGAAGGUCGAUGCAGCGGGGAAAAAAGGUUUGUCACCACUUCAGAAAUGCACAGCGACUAUUCGUCAAUUGGCGUAUGGAGUCCCUGCUGAUCAUUAUGAUGAGUGUCUACGAAUUGACGAAACAACUGCCAUCCAAUGUUUAUUCAACUUUUGCCGAUGUGUAAUUGAAGUGUCCGGGACCCAAUAUUUAAGAAGACCUAAUGCUGCUGAUAUCCAACACUUACUUGAAAUGCAUGAGCAGAGACAUGGUUUCCCUGGCAUGUUGGGCAGUCUUGAUUGUAUGCAUUGGCAAUGGAAAAAUUGCCCCGUCGCUUGGAAAGGCCAGUUUACUCGAGGAGAUUAUGGCAUCCCAACAAUUGUGCUCGAAGUCGUUGCAUCUUCGGACUUGUGGAUAUAG